AUGGCCUCACAAACCAGCUCGCGCCUCGCCGCAGAGAGCGCUCGCAUAUAUGCCUCCCCAAGCUCCUCCUCAAACACCGGCAGCGGCAGUCAGCAACAGACCCGCAAUGCCUCCAGCAGUGCUUCUGAGAGCCGCACAAAAAUCAAAGUCAAGAACCCUGUCGUCGAACUGGACGGCGACGAAAUGACCCGCAUUAUCUGGGCCGACAUCAAAGAGAAAUUUAUCUUCCCAUACCUCGAUAUCGACCUCAAGUACUACGAUCUUGGACUGCCUUACCGCGACGAGACCGACGACCAAGUCACGGUUGACGCCGCCAAUGCGAUCUUGAAGCACUCGGUCGGCGUCAAGUGCGCGACCAUCACGCCCGACGAGGCGCGCGUGAAAGAAUUCAACCUCAAGAAGAUGUGGCUCUCACCUAACGGCACAAUCCGUAACAUCCUCGGCGGCACCGUGUUCCGCGAGCCGAUUGUAAUUCCACGCAUACCGCGCCUGGUGCCUGGCUGGACGAAUCCCAUUGUUAUCGGACGCCACGCCUUCGGUGACCAGUACCGGGCCAAGGACAUCGUGGUGCGCGAGGCUGGCACUCUGCAGAUGACCUUCCACCCGGCGUCCGGCGGGCCGGCGCAAAAGAUCGAUGUCUACAGCUUCAACAUGAAGGGUGGCGUUGCGCAAACGCAGUACAACACCGACGACUCCAUCCGUGGGUUCGCGCACGCCAGCUUCAAGUUUGCGCUCGAACGCGGCUUCCCGCUGUACAUGAGCACGAAAAACACCAUCCUCAAAGCCUACGAUGGCCGAUUCAAGGACAUUUUCGAGGAGAUCUACGAAGCCGAAUACAAGUCCCAAUUCGAGGAGAAGAAGAUCUGGUACGAGCACCGGCUCAUCGACGACAUGGUGGCACAGAUGAUCAAGUCCGAAGGCGGCUUCGUCAUCGCCAUGAAGAACUACGACGGAGACGUGCAGAGCGACAUCGUCGCGCAAGGCUUCGGCUCCCUGGGUCUCAUGACCUCGCAGCUCAUCACGCCCGACGGCCUGACGUACGAGAGCGAGGCCGCGCACGGCACCGUCACGCGCCACUACCGCGAGCACCAGAAAGGUCGGGAGACGAGCACCAACCCCAUCGCCAGCAUCUUCGCGUGGACGAGAGGGCUGGUGAAGCGCGGCAACCUGGACGAAACGCCCGAGCUGGUCACGUGGGCCGAGAGUCUCGAGCGCGCCGUCGUCCAGACCGUCGAUGAGGAUGCCAUCAUGACCAAGGAUCUGGCCCUGGCGUGUGGCAAGAAGGAGCGCGAGGCAUGGGUCACGACCAGCGAGUUCAUGCAGGCCAUUGAGCGCCGCUUCAAGAAGAAUUUGGCGGCCGAGGGGCUGGAGAAGAACACUUGA